UUUUGAAAAAAGUGCAAGUUUUUUUCGAGUGCCAGCCAGUGAUUUUUGGACCUGAACAUCGUCUUGACUCGCCUCGUGUUCUUUGUAGAAAGCACACAUCUAAGUAGCCCCAGUCAAUACGCUUAAAGUCAUGCCCAUCGAAGCGGGAACAUUCUUAUGAUGAACAUUCUGGUCAAGGAGAGCGGCGAGCGGAUCGCCGACAUAGCCGAAAGUUAUAGCCGACUGGUGAAGGAUCAGCGUUGUUAUAAUUCCCGUUCAAUUGUGAAUCCAAAGCGGUUGACGUAUCGUCGCAAGCUGGCGCACCUUGAGGCAGCGGCGGCUGGUGAGACCGGAAGCGGCUGUGGAACCACAACCGGAAACGGAAGUGCAAGUGCCGUUCGCUGGCAAUUGCUGGUACUUUUGCUACUCUGCAAUUGCAUUGUGGCCGCCUUCGAGCCGGACUUCGUGGUGCCGCUGGAGAACGUGACCAUUGCCCAAGGUCGGGACGCGACCUUCACGUGCGUGGUGAACAACCUUGGCGGUCAUCGGGUUGCCUGGAUUAAGGCCGAUGCCAAGGCAAUCCUGGCCAUACACGAGCACGUGAUAACCAACAAUGAUCGAUUAACGGUGCAGCACAACGACUACAACACAUGGACACUCAACAUUCGCAGCGUCAAAAUGGAGGAUUCCGGCAAAUACAUGUGUCAGGUCAACACGGAUCCCAUGAAAAUGCAGACGGCCACCUUGGAGGUGGUCAUUCCCCCGGACAUCAUCAACGAGGAGACCUCCGGCGACAUGAUGGUGCCUGAGGGCGGCUCCGCCAAGCUGGUCUGCCGUGCUCGCGGUCAUCCCAAGCCCAAGAUUACGUGGCGACGCGAGGAUGGACGGGAGAUUAUUGCCCGGAAUGGCAACCAUCAGAAGACCAAGGCCCUGUACGUCGAGGGCGAAAUGCUGGUGCUGUCAAAGGUCACGCGAUCGGAAAUGGGCGCCUACCUGUGCAUCGCCUCCAACGGAGUACCGCCGACGGUGAGCAAAAGGAUGAAGCUACAGGUGCACUUUCAUCCGCUGGUCCAAGUGCCAAAUCAAUUGGUCGGCGCCCCGGUCCUCACGGAUGUCACAUUAAUUUGCAAUGUCGAGGCAUCACCGAAGGCCAUCAAUUACUGGCAGCGCGAGAAUGGCGAAAUGAUUAUUGCCGGCGAUCGUUACGGACUAACCGAGAAGGAGAACAACAUGUACGCCAUCGAGAUGGUGCUGCACAUCAAGCGGCUGCAGACGAGCGACUUUGGUGGCUACAAGUGCAUCUCGAAGAACAGCAUCGGAGACACCGAGGGCACCAUUCGGUUAUAUGAAAUGGAGAGGCCCGGCAAGAAGAUCCGCGACGACGAGAACAACGACGUUUCGAAAAACGAGGUGGUGCUGAAGGAGACACGCCACGAGGACGGGUCACGCAACCAGAAUGGCAGGCUCUACAAGGACAGGAAUCCAGAGCAGGAGCGCGGAGCCACCGGCGGCGGAGCAGCCUCGUCUGUCCAAGGCGGCCGUGGGACAAUGCGGCUAAUCGGAACGUUUCUAUUAGCCUUUCUGUUGGUGUUAUUAACAACGAUUGCAACGGCGAGGCCAACAAUGGCCCCCGGCCACACAAAGGCCGCCAUCGACCACCACCACCGGGAUAGACAAUGGAUGAAGCACCAAGGAGGAGGAGGUGGAGUCAAGACAACGAUGAGCUUCGAGAUGAAGCCAGAGAUCUGGGAGAGAUCAGCGGGGUUUAAUAAUAAUAGAAGCAAUUGGCGGCGAAAGCUGUGGGAGCGGGGAGCUGCAGCUAAGUAAGAUUAUUAUUAUUAUAAUUAUAAUUAUUA